CUCUGCCCCACACAGCCUCCCCAGAGAUGGAUGCCGCUGGCAAGACACCCGUGGGGACUCUCCCCGUGGGCGAAAGCUCUGAGAUGGAUCUGUCCCACCGCUUCUCCAAGAGAGAGCUGCUCCUGCUCUAUGAGGAGGUUCUUUACACCAUCCUGCACCGCCUGGGAAAGCCCCAGCACCACCACGUUGCAGACUCUCAGGAGCUCUAUGCCUAUGUGCAAAAGGCUUUCAGCAUGGAUGAGGAGGAGCACAGCAUCAUCAUGCAGCAGGUCAAGGAACUGGAGAGCCCGAUUUUCUGCUUGAAAGCAACUGUGAAGGAAGCCAAGGGGAUUCUGGGUAAAGAUGUCAGUGGGCUCAGUGACCCAUACUGCCUGCUGGGCAUUGAGGCCAGGAGCCAGGAAUCAGCCCACUCUGACCACAAGAAGAGGAUGAAGGCUGUGGUCAAAGACCUCAUCCCUGAAGACCAGAUCCAUCGCACACAAGUCAUAAGCCAGACCCUCAGCCCAGUGUGGGAUGAGACAUUUAUCCUGGAGUUUGAAGAUGUGGAGACAGCCAGCUUCCACCUGGACAUGUGGGACUCGGACGUGGUGGAGUCGGUGCGGCACAAGCUGGGGGAGCUGACGGACCUCCACGGCCUCAAACGGAUCUUUAAAGAUGCCCGCAAAGACAAAGGGCAGGAUGAUUUCCUGGGGAACGUGGUCCUUCGCCUGAAGGAUCUGCACUGCUGGAAUGACCAGUGGUACCAGCUGGAGCCACGGACAGAGACGUACCCCAACCGGGGACAGUGUCACCUGCAGUUCCUGCUGACUCACAAGAAGAGGGCCACCAGGAGCAGCCGGACACAGCCGAGCUACACUGUCCAUCGUCACCUCCUGCAGCAGCUGGUGUCCUACGAGAUCCUCCAGCACCAGGCUGGCAGCAUCUCCUGGGAUGGGGAGCUGAGCAGACACGCCAGCACUGUGCUCUACCUGCACGCCACGCAGAAGGACCUGUCCGACUUCCACCAGGUCAUGGCGCAGUGGCUGGCAUACAGCAAGCUCUACCAGAGCCUGGAGUUCAACAGCAACUGCCUCCUCCACCAGAUCACCAGCAUCGAGUACCAGUGGGUGCAGGAGCGCCUGAGGCCGGAGCAGAAAGCAGAGCUGGCUGAGUCCUUCCAGUCCCUGCUGACUUAUGGGGUCUCUCUCAUCCGGAGGUACCGCAUCAUUUUCCCCCUCUCUGUCCCGAGGUCCCGGGAGAGGCUCCAGUCUCUGCUCCGGGUCCUGGUUCAGAUGUGCAAAAUGAAAGCUUUCCGUGAGCUGUGCACCCUCAGCCCCCACCUUCCUGAGAUGGUGGCCAUAGCACUGAAGUCAGGCACGACAGAGUGGUUUCACAUGGAGAAGCAGCACCUCAAGCCCAUGCUGAAGAGCAUGGAGGAGAAUGGCAAAGCCUUGUCCAGACUCCUCCUGGAGGUGAUAGGAGAUCUCCAGCAGUGCCAGAAAAUCUGGAACAAAUUCUUCAUCAGCACCUUGAAGUUGAAUCUCUUCUCCAUUGCCUACCUGGAGCUGGAAAGCCUGGUUGCAGAGCACGUCCAGGAGCAGCUGCAUGAGCUCGACAGCAGCAUGUCCAAGCCCACGGCCGAGAGCCUUUUCCAGCUCUACAUGAACCUGCAGGAGCUCUAUCGGAUGAAGGACUUCCUCCCACAGAGGGAUGGACCCCUGGCUCUGAGCAAUUUCCACCAGUGGUUCAAGGAAGCUGUGCCACAGUGGCUGCAGAAGACCUACACCAUUGCACUGGAGAGGGCACAGAGAGCCAUCCAGAUGGACCAGCUGAUACCCUUUGGGGAGCACAACAAGCACAGCACAUCCACCGUUGACCUGUCCACCUGCUAUGCCCAGAUUGUGAAGACCUGGCAGCAGCUCAACUGGCCAGACCCCGAGGAAGCCUUCAUGAUCAUGGUGAAGCUCGUGGAGGACAUGUGCAGAAUUGCCCUGAUGUACUGUCGGCUCAUCAAGGAGAGGGCUGAGGCUCUGUCGCUGCGUGAGCAGAACGAGGGCGAGGCAGCCAACAGGCUCUGCAUCGUGGUGAACAACAUCAAGCAGCUGCGGCUGCUGGUGCUGAAGCUGCCGUCACAGCUGGAGUGGGAGCAGCUGGAGCGGCGCACAGGGGCCGCCAUCGACCCGCAGCAGAUCCAGCACACGCUGCACAACCAGCUCCACAGCACCGUCUCCUGCCUGGACCACGAGGUCCAGGACGUGGUGCAAGCCCUGGCCACCAAGCUAGAAAAGGGCAUUGCCAGGCACAUCCAGGAGCUCUCAUCUUCCAACAACACCCGGGAGCCUGAGGACUCCAUCAUCCCGCUCAUGAAGUUCCUGGAGUCGGAGCUGCAGUAUCUCAACGAGCACUUGGUCCAGGAGAACUUCAAAAGCCUCCUCGCUCUCCUCUGGCAUCACACCUUGGCCGUGCUGUCGGCAGCCACGGGCCAGCAGGUCCCCUCGGCCCAGCACUACAGGAAGCUGCACUGUGCCCUGAAGAGCCUGGAGCUGUGCUUCCACGCCGAGGGCUGUGGGCUGCCGCUGGAGACCCUCCACACCGCAGCCUUCCUGUCGCUGGACACCCAGCUGGCCCUCUGCUCCUCCACCAGCCGCAAACUCAUCCAGAAAUACUUCAGCAACAGGAUCCAGCAGCAGCUGGACACCAGCUCGGAGAAGUACGGGGCCGUGACCAUCAAAGCUCUGUACCGGCCGUCGGAGCAGAAGCUGCGCGUGGAAGUGCUCAACGCUGCCAACCUCAUCCCCCUGGACUCCAACGGCUCGAGUGACCCGUUUGUCCAGCUCACCCUGGAGCCCCGUCAUGAGUUCCCUGAGGUGGUGGCCAGGACCACCCAGUGCAAGAGGAAUGAGCUGCACCCCCUCUUUGAUGAAGCCUUCGACUUCUUGAUCCCUGCUGAGAAGUGCCGGCAGGAGGGGGCCUGUCUGCUGCUGACUGUCUUUGACUACGACACGCUGGGGGCCAACGACCUGGAGGGUGAAGCCUUCUUCCCCCUCUGCCAGCUGCCCGGGCUGGAUGCUGAUGAGGACCAGGCUGACAUGGGACGGGUGCCCCAGACCCGCCUCCCCCUCACCCACCCCAAACCCAGCGGAGAUGAAAUCCUCCGGCUGCUGGAGUCCAGGAAGGGGGACAAAGAGGCUCAGGCCUUCGUUAAGCUCCGCAAGCAACGAGCCAAGCAGUCCAAGGAGACAGAGUGAGGGAGGUGGAGGAAGAGGGUCCUGCAACAAGAGGCUCUGGCCAGGGGCAUCCUGAGUUUCACCGGUGCUGGAACCAAAAUCACAUUCAGGGAUCAGGGGCACAGGGGAUCACUGUGCCCCCCCCCCAGCAGCCAUCUCACCCUCUCCUUGGGGUAGCAAUGCUCCUGGGAGGCUGGGGAGGGCAGGCAGCAGGGCAUUUUCUAGCCUGUCCAGACUAGCAACACUACAGGGGGGAUGUGACAGUGUGUGGCUGUCUCUGCCCAUCCCCAUGAGCGUGUCCCUGCCGCAGCCCCUGGCCUGUCCCUGACCCCCCUGGCUGCAGCACUGCAGCAGGACACUGCAAACACAUCCCCAUUGACUUGGGCUGGGGACAACCCAUGGCCAAACCUGCCUUUUUCUUCUUCUUUUCCUUUUUUUCCUCUUGUGGAUAAGCCUCUUAUUUUAAAUUAAAAGCAACAAAGUUGA